ACGGGUGAUGCAUGAAUCUACCGAUAGAGACUAACAAGGCAAGGCAAAUGGGCAACCAUUCCCUCCUCACUAUGCAGGCCGGAGAUUUGCGGAGUCCCUACCGUACGCCACUCACCAGUUAAUUUGUUUCACGGCAUUCUUCGACUGUCGGAUCAACACUAUCAAAAGCAAUGCGCUUCCCAAACCAUCUCUGGCAAGCUCGGUGCUUGGCGCAGUCAAUAGUGCGCAACCAUACAUUCACUAGAUGAGUCAGGAAGCCCAUCUGGAUCGUAUAUAAGAGCAGGAGAGUCCGCUCUUCUGUCUGCGAAAUACAGCCUUACCACUUUCAUGUCUUGCUAUCUCUUGAUCACUUCCAUUCUACCACAAUGCAUAGCGUCCUUCCGAGCACCGCUUCUUUGGCCUCGUCGCUUCUCUUCCAACCAAUCUAUGGCGCUUCACGCUUUGAGUCCCUGGAACGCUCCUACCAGAGGGCCAUUGCUAUAGGCAAACACUAUAGGCUCACCACGGCUGAUAUUCUUACGCUCUCCGAAAGAUUCUGGGCUGCCCAUAUGGACCCGCUGAUGGCUGUGGACAUAGCUGCGUCUUACAUCCUCAUGAUCCAAUGGAACCUGGUGGUAGGCACUAUUGCCCCUUUUGUGGAGGAGAGACCGGAUCUCAAGCCUCUUAUGGAACAGCUCUUAAACAUGGAAGUCUUCGGCGAGUUCAUGUUGACGGAACUGGACCAUGGCUUGGAUGCUAAGAAUCUCGAGACCACGGCCACUCGACAGUCCGAUGGAAGCUUUGUCCUUCAUACUCCUCGGCCCGGUGCUGCAAAGUUCAUGCCUCCCACGAUGCCGAUUGUGAAUGUCCCUCGCGUUGGCCUUGUUAUGGCCAGGCUGAUCGUCGACGACGAGGAUCGCGGACUUCGUGCCUUUGUCGUUCCAUUGAACGACGGAAAGACGAUGUGCAAGGGGGUCACAUCCGUGCUUCUGCCAGCCAUGAAGGGCGGGGAUGCACUCGAUCACGCCGUGACCUCAUUCAACAAGGUGACCUUGCCGGCUGACGCCAUGCUGGGUAGCCUAGCCAGACCAGUUCAAAUGCAUCAACACUUCCUGGCCCUGAUUCACCGCGUUGGUGUGGGAUCUGUGUCGGCCACUCUACUGCUAGUGCCCGGCCUGAAGCUGGCCACGUACCUGGUUGGUCGAUACAGUCUGCAAAGAGCGAUUGGGGGGCCAAGGAAUCGCCGCAUCCCAAUUAUCAGAUUUCGGACACAGCAGUUGCCCAUGUUGCAUGCGCUCGCCCACAGUGCCGUGCUACAGCCUUUUGCGACCGAGGUUAUCUCCCGCUUCUGUGAUUCAGCUACGGGUCCGAGUGAUCGUCAAACGAUCAGUGCCAUUCACAAGGCGGUCUUCGUCCAGCAUAGCCAGAAGAGCUUUUCAUCGCUUAUCGAACGUUGCGGCGCGCAAGGCGUGUUUGAGCACAACCACUUAACCAACUUGGAGGUACGAUGGUCUGUCCUUUGGUUUCUCCUUCGGCUGACUAGCCAACUACACAGGCCCACACCCGUGCCUUAUCGAUCAUGGAAGGCGAUGUGCUUGUUCUCUGCAUUCGUACGUCGAUCUAAACGAGCAACCAUUUUCCCAACCUGCUUUCUAACAGGACGAUCAGGAAUGGCCACGGAGCUACUCCUCGGGAGAUGCUCCGUUCCUCCUGCCCGACAUCCAGGCUCCCUCCUCGCGCGUCACGAAGCCGGACUGCUGGCUGAAAAUCGCGACCUUCUCCGAACCAUGCCCCAUGGCCACCGAAGCGAGAAAUACAACCAGGUGAUUCUUCCCCGGUGUCGGCCCCUGGUGGAAGCCAUCGGCCACCGCAUGGCCUACGAGGCUGCUGCCGACGCCGGCGUGGACCGGGACUUGCUGUCCCUGUAUGAAGCGGGCGUUGUCCUACUGGAUGCCAGUUGGUAUGUUGAACACGGAUUGCUUUCGCGGAUGGAGAUUGUGAGCAUGGAAGAGCAAGCAGCGACUGCGCUUCUUCCUCGUCUGGAGGGUAUUCUGGACGGGUUAGAACGGGAAGUGUAUGUUACGGCGCCGAUGGGGUCGGCUUCGCGGUGGGGAGAAUUUCUCCAUCAGCUGCCGGUCUAUGGGGAGUCGACGUCGCGGGUGAGUAAGUUGUAGGGUGCAAACCAGAGAUUCCAUCCGAUGCUACCGU